AUGCCACCACAAACUCGCUCCGGCGGGGUCCGGCCCGUUGCUGCCCCUCCUGACCGAGUCUACAAGUCCAGCAGACCUCCCAAGCAGGUCAAGUUCCCGCAUCGAAAGACUGAAGUGCGCACGUAUAGCGCCCGUAAACCGACUGCUCGAGUCACUAGCCACAAGCAAAAGACAUUGACCCAAAUGUACGAAUCUACGCGCUCGUCGCCGAUACGCAUCGCGCUAUCCGACGAUGAAGAGGAAGAGGAGCCAGCGCGCAAGAAGAAGAGGAGAAAGACGACGGGCGACGAGCCGACCCCGAGCUCUUCUUUCCACACGCAGACGUUGACCCAGAUGUCAAGGAGAUCGGCUGAGAAGUCGCCAGAGGAGGAGGAUGACAUUUGGCAGUUCCAGCCAUCCGACGAGGAACCAGAAAAGCCUGUUCUCCCUUCGGCGAAUGAUAAGGAGAACCUCGUCCCAGGAAAGAAGCCACCCAGCAGGACGCCGUCUGUCGUGCCGCAAACGCCCACAAACAAGCGGACAGUUUUUGAGAUUCCAUCCUCUCAGGGUAGCCCCCUUACACCAAUGCUGGCAAGAUAUAGCCCUGCCCCCAAAAGGUCUCCCUUGAAGGACAAGUCUACGAACACCAACACGCCAAUCAAGCUCACUGGCUCUGUCAAACGCCCGCGAACUCUGACGAUUCAAGAUUCUUAUGCGACGGUCGGCAGCCAGAGCCCAACUCAGCGUUCGUCUCCUCUGAGAGCUCCACUGCAGCCGGCGAAGAACGUGCGCUUCAUUACGCCACACCCAUCGGCUAGUCUUGUGCCUGUGGACGAGGAAGAGACAGAGGACGAAGAAAACGAGGAAAACGAGGAGAAUGCGCGGGAAGUCAGCCCGUCUCCUAAACGGCGGCCAAGAUCACCUCUACGCGAGAUCGCCGACUCUGAUGAUGACUCAGAUGCACUUGACAUACUGGAUGAGGAGGCUGAGGGCUACGAUGCCGUUGGCGAAGAGACUCAGUUCCAGAUGGACCAGCUUCUUACUUCGUCGGAACAGGCAGGCACCAAGGAACCAUCCCCUGGAGAGGAAGGUGACUCUGAUAAGGAGAACGUCACCCCUGCUACCAGUGAGGAGGAAGAAGAAGAGGCAACGGUGAUCCUGUCGAAACCUUUUGUUUUGCCCAAGUUGUCCCGCGGUCUAUCCGAUUCAGAACGCAGGGAGACUGUGGAGGUCAUCACCUCUUCCCCAGAGCCGACUCGGCACAGCGACUCCAGUGUUCCUCAGGAGGAGACAACCGAGGAAUCGAUCUCUGAAACUCCGACUCAAAGCCAAAGAACGCCGAGGCCGAAAGGCAAAGGCAAGGACGUCGAAGAAACGCCCAAGACACCUCACACGCAAGGUCUUGAGAGUCAGCGCAUCUCUCUAGACGUCAUCCGUGCCAUGGCACCUCAGACAGACCGAUCCGACAUCUUCAUUUCCAUACACCCAGAUCACAUGCAGAACAUCGUCGACGGUACAAAGAACCACGAGUUCCGCGCCUACAAGAUCCCAAACACGGUCUCGCGCAUGUGGCUGUACAUCACCAAGCCGGUCGCGCAGCUGCAGUACAUGGCGUGCAUCAGCGAGGCGAAGGUGCCCGGCGAGGUCGAGGGCGACGGGAUCGGCAACGCCGAAUUCAACCAGCUCAAGACGCCCGGCGCCAAAUUCGCGUACCGCCUGUACGAGGUCUACGAGCUGAACGACCCCAGUCCUCUGCCGGAAAUGAUCGAGAACGGGUGGCUUCACGGCCCGCCGCAGAAAUACAACUACGUGCCGCCGGCGGUUGUGGGUCACUUGAUGGCGAAUCUGCGAUGUUCCAUAUUCGGCGAGGACGAGGAAGAUGAAUUGCAAGGAGAGAAUCAGGAAGAGUUCGAAUCGGAGCCGGAGGUUGCCAGGAAGCAGGCGUCGCAGACCUCCAUCACUCGCACCGUCUCCCAAGAGCUGGCCGACCAGAUCCGGAGCGACAUCGAGCACUCGACCCUGCUCUCGUCCGAGGCCGACAUUCUCGUGCCCUCAAGCCAGACACCCACUCGCAACCAGAAGCGGGCGUUCGGCACGGAACUCUUCCCCAAGCCCGCCUUACCUCCGACCCCGUUCAGCCGGCCGCCGAACCCCACGCCCAGACGCGCGGUCCGGCCGUCACAGGCGACUACAGUCAGCCAGUCCUCGAGUCCGUCCCUGUCGCCGGCCAGAUCAGUGCCGCGGCCAGCAAAUAAUGACUCGAGCAUGCCGAUCUUUGUGGACGAGGAGGACGACAGCCCGAUUCGUCUGCCACCCGGCACUUUCAACCUAGACUCGUCUCAGCUGCUGUCUAAGAGCCAGAUGCUGCCGGAGAGUCUGCUGCGGGAGGAUGAGGGGGAGGACAUCAUCUAUGAUUCAGAGCAGGAUGAUGAGUUGUGA